CAGGGAGCGGUCCGCCAAAUUCAAACAGCCACUCGAAAACAAAGUAAAGGACAGUCGGCUCUUCCAGAGUUUGCGGUUUGGAAUAGGAAGGAUCUAAAGAUGACGUCUGGUGUAGUGAGCGGGGUCUGGAGGUCUCAUGCUGUCCUCGAUGAGUCAGAAGCUGACAGUUCACCAGAAGCACCGCAGCAGUUUAAGAAGAUUCGCUCCUCCAGCUCACUGAACUCACUCAGAAUGUCUCUGCGCAAGAGGCUGCCCUUGAAACCAGUGCAGUCCAAUGUCAACAUCUCUGAAACCCCCACAUGGGAGUCAUUGCAGAUGAACCAAAAGGCCAGUGUUGUCCGCAAAAUGACCCGCAGUGCAAAAAACUCUUUUGAAAACGUCUAUCAGAGGUUUCAGAGAAGCCGGCAGCCACGCCAGGAGUGUUUGGUUAUGACACCUGGAAAAACAUCAGAUGGAGAGGACUGUGAUUUUAAUGGGACGUCACAAACCCCGAAACGAUCUGCUGCUCGUACCACUAUCACCCCCAGACGAACUCCGCGGUCAAGCAGUAAGCGGACACCUCGAGGGGCCCAAACCCCUGACGCUGCUGUGAGGACGGUGAGGACCAGGGGCAGCAGGAGGCAGCUGGUGCGAAUGGCUGCACUCAGAAGCCCUUUUGCAUCACCCAACACACUGAACAGCAGGAGGCAGUUUGAUGAAGAUCUGGACUGUGUGUCUAAAGGCCUGCGGAGACUGAAGCGUCUCUCUCAAGCCUUUGAUGAUGUGAUUGGGGAAGACGAUAGGCUCCGGGCUCUGGAACACUACAGAGCGGUCAUGAACCGAGGCUACAGGUCCAACAACAGCAACUUUUCCACAAGACUGAACCGGGCCUCCAUCCGGAAACAGAGCCAGCGUUUACAGCAGAGCGUCAGCAGCUGGACUGAUGGGGUCCUGUCAAACAUCCGCAAAGCCCCCUGAAAGAAGCAACUCAUUUCCUUAUGCACGUCGUCUUGUGUUUCUAUGCCAGAAGAGGCCUUGUCUUGUGUUCUGUACACUUUUCUUACCUAUCUGUAUCUUAUAAGUGUUUAAAGGGCAACAGCACAUACUGUAUCACUACUAUAUGGGAAGAGGCGUAUUUAAAGCUGGUGAUUUCAGGCUUGAUACACCUUGAUGACUGUGUGCUUGAAAUAAUGAAGCAUUUAAACCAUUUCUGCUGUGAAAAGGCACCAAAAGAUGUGAAAACCAAAUGUAAGCAUAUUUGAAAGACACAUGGUGACAAAAUUACAACAAUUCUGAAGGUUAUUUAUCAAGAAAAAGCAACAUACAGGCAUUUUUCACUACCUAACCCUAAACUGACAUGGCUGUAUACUGUCUGGACUGUGGGAGAUGUUACUAAUGUUACUGUUGUUUACUAACCUCUUUAGUUACAGUUUAUUAACAGUGUUUUACUACUUUGGUACUUUAUGAGUGUAGCUGCAAGGCGUUAGUGUAUGUAAAAUGCAAAGUAUGCAAUAAUUCCACUAAUUAAGCAAGCAAAUAUCCUGCUAUUGUUGGUGUUAUGAAAGACACCAUAAUCACAGAAUACUCGCAAUAUAGUAAUCAAAACGUAAACACUGCCAAAGGAGAAUUAUUCAACUGUAUUUGAGUUUGUUUUGGAAAAAGAAAUGUUUACAGUAUUACUUUGCAUUAUACAUGUCUAUUUUUCUAUAUAUAUAAAAAAGACAAGGACAGAAGAAUUGUUUGCCUUUUUUAUACUUAAUAAAAAAAAAAACGUGUCCAUAAUUGUCAAUGUCAGAUUGUUUUUACUCUUCACCAUGUAAUUUUGUAUGUAUCCUUUAGGAUCAGGGUUCAUACGGUCAUGAAAAACCUCGAAAAGUUGAAUUUUAACAUGGCCUGGAAAAGUUUUGGAAAAACAGAAAAACCCACAAAGUUUUGGAAAAAUCAUGGAAAUUACAUUUACAUUUGUCAUUUAGCAGACGUUUUUGUCCAAAGUGACUGAAGCUGCGGUCACACUAGAGCUUGUGCUUGCAAAAUUCUGUCGUACGGUGCUGCGAAAAGGGGCGCGGUUAAACAAUAUGGUUAGACAUUAAUAAAAGUGAGCGAUUGCUCCAUAUUUUAAAUUUCUUAUUUUAAGUUAUCUUGGUCUAACUGAUGUGAUUUUGCAGGUGAGAAUUCAGCAAGUUUGAACUUUCGAAUGCAGUGAAAUGCGAAACACGUGCUUGCGUUUCUGGUCUGCCGCAUUCGCAUGCCUAUGAAUGGAAGUCUAUGGAUUGAAAAGUGCAGUGUGAUCGCAGCUUUACAAUAGAAGUAGUUUUACCGACUAUUACUAUUUUAACAAACUAUUAACAUGAUUUAAAAUUAGUUUGACAAAUAUCUGUAUACUGGAAUGGAGGUUAGUUCUUUCUUUACCAAAAACAUGGUCCCACAUUAUUAGUGCUGUGUAAG